AUGGCGUACACACUAUUCACGGUUCAUGGUGUACACGGUUCAUGGUGUACACACUGUUCACUAUUCAUUAUGUAUAAACUGUUCUCGGUUCUGGUGUACACUGUACAUGCUAUUCACUGUUCACGGUGUACACACUGUUCACACUAUCAUGGUGUGGACACUGUUCAGUGUGGAUAUACUGUUUAUGACAAAUACUAUUCAUUCAAUAUAUUGGCUGCCAUGAAUAGUAUCCACUGUGAAUAG